CUCUCUUACAAUCGGCCUUCACUUUCUGCGCAAAGAAAAGCAAGCAUUCUUCUUCUUCUUCUCUUCCUUUUCUUUCUCCAUGUCUUAUUAAUGCUUCUGAUCUUCUCCUCUAUCUCUUCGAUAAACCACUUUAUCUUGUUCUUCGAAGAGCUAAUCAAUUAAUUAAAACUCUUUCGUCUACAUUGUUGUUCUCUUCGCCAUGCCUUUGCCUUGGAAGAAAUCGAAAUCGGGUCGGAUCACGAGAUUCGUAUCGGACCUCCAACAAUCUCCGAAACGCGGCGGAUCUCUCGUCGUCGAGACUGGAUUCCCGACCUCUCUCAUCGACCUCUUCGUCAAGAAUCGCGAUCGCCUCAAGAAAUCUUCUUCUAAACGCAACAACGAAGCUCAGACACAAACCGUUCCGACACGACUGCGUGUUCCGUCUCCCCCUCCUCCUUCUCUGCCUCAGAAGCUCGAUCCACCGUCGGUUACGGCGGCGAGUAAGAUCGAGGAGAUCCCCGUCAGUGCGGAGAGUAUAGACGACGGCGACAGCGAUGGAAACGGCGACCGUCGCGGCGGAGGAGGAGGAUGCGUUUUGACGGUGGUUGUGAUUAAGGUUUUCUUUGUGGCUGUGCUCGCCCUGAGCACCAAAAAGCUAGCAUUGGGGAUCACUCUCUCCGCCUUCUCCCUCCUCUUCCUCGAGCUCUUGGUGGCGCGCGUGUUCAAUCUCCCCAACCUCCGCCCCGACCCGCAGGUUCGGCUCCAUUCGCUUAUAGGGAGGAACCGUAAAGAGAAGCUAGAAGAAUCAUCAUUGGUCUCUUUCGAAAUCGUUGAAAGCUUUGAAGAAUCGAGAGAUUGCGUUGAGGAAGCGUCGACAUUGGAUGAGGCGAAACCUGUGGCGGAGGAGGAGAGAGAGAUGCAGGAGAUCAGAGACGUGGUGUUCACGAAAGAGAAGAGUAAAAGCGGGAAGCUCAAGUCGAAGAUAGUGAAGAAGUUGAGGAGUUACAAGAAGAAGAGGAAGACGAAGCUAAAAGAAAAAGAAGAAGCGCAAUUAGGAGUAGAGGUAGUUGAAGAAGAAGAAGAGACAUAUGUGAGGGAAGUGUCGAGUUUGUACCCUGACGAUAGAAUCGAGAGCGAAGUAUCUGUUGGAUCGAAUGAUCCGCCAUUGCUGGAGAGCUGUGAAGAGAUCGAAAAAGAAUCUGGAUCGAAAGGGGAUCAAACGAAGGCGGUUGUGAUGAUAGUGAUCGCUCUUGCUGGAUUGUUAAGCGGGAAAGUCUUAGCUAUUGGUCUGACACUACCUUCGUGUCUCAUUUUGAAAUUGGUCUGCUGCAGAUUUCAGACUAGGCUCUGAGGCACCAGAAAAGACUCGGCCUUUGAGAAAUUUUUGUUUUGUUCCGUUUCCGUGGCAGCGGUGGGGCCCUACGGAUCAGCGGUGACCGUGUUGACGGGAGUGUUGUUGGGUAGUUGGCAGUUCGAAGCUACAAUUUGCUUAUCCCUUAUAUAUUAUUUUAGGAGCAUUAGAAAUAAGUAACCUUUAAUUCAUGUGUGAUUUACAAGUGUGCCAUUUCUUAGGUGUCAUCACCAUAAACUCUCUCACAACCUAAUUUCAAGAACCCUUAAUUAACUAGACUAAUUACAAUAAUUGCCAUUAGUCAUUAGAUUGUUACUUAACUAAUAUAAUCUAAGUUUUUACUUAUUGACUAACCAAAUAAAUCAUGUCUAUGAUUCAUGUUCUUGCAUUAUUAUUUACCAUAUUCUGAGUCACGGAUUAUAUGUUGAAUGCAUUCGAUUAUUAUUUACACGGUUCUCUCA